CGUUACUAGCGGCUUUGCGGUAUCUGAGUUCGGGUGCCCGUAGGGUUGCUGUCGCGGAGCUUAGCAUCGCAAAGAUGGCAGGAGGUAAAGCCGGCAAGGACUCUGGAAAGGCGAAGGCUCGUGCUGUUUCCCGGUCUGCAAGGGCGGGGCUUCAGUUCCCGGUCGGCCGUAUUCACCGGCACCUGAAGAACCGGACUACGUCUCACGGGCGCGUGGGCGCCACGGCCGCCGUCUACAGCGCCGCCAUCCUCGAGUACCUGACCGCCGAGGUGCUGGAGUUGGCCGGCAACGCGUCCAAGGACCUGCGCGUGAAGCGCAUCACGCCCCGCCAUCUGCAGCUGGCCAUCCGUGGCGACGAGGAGCUGGACAGCCUGAUCAAGGCCACCAUCGCCGGCGGAGGUGUCAUCCCGCACAUCCACAAGUCGCUGAUCGGCAAGAAGGGCGGACCCACACAAUCGGGCAACAAGUAGAUGUCACUCCACCCACCAUCAUCUCAUGUACAAACUCAUCGGCCCGGGCGGCGCCCCGCGCAUGCGCAGAAGCGGGCGGCGCUGGCGAGAGGCGCGAGCGUCAGCCGGCGGCGCGCCGGGGUUUUAGACGCUCGGUUUGUGGUGCGCGCGCGCGCAGAGUGGUGAUUUUAUAGCGGCGAUUCGGAAUUUGUGUACUGCCCAGUCCGUCGGGAGAUUUUAGCGCUCGGAUGAUUGGAUUUGUGUGCACGCUUGCGCGCGGGGUGCAUGGGAACACUGCUGGGCUCGGCCCGCACAUCACCUCAUCCAAUACAAAUCGUUUCGACCAUUU